GUUGGCUUUGCGAUGAGCUCAGCUAAGGCGGUGAACGCCGAAGGUUAUUUGGAUACCUCUACAAAUGAAUCAUUCAGCGAAGAUGAAUUCAAGGGGAUCAAAGAUAUCUUUGGUGGAAUAACAAUCAACACAGAUGUGGAGAAGUGUGAAAGUAAUGAAGACUUUGAAAGAAAACUUGCUUUAUCACUGGAAAAAUUCAAGCAGUGUGGUAUUAGGGGAGUUUGGCUUAGAAUAUCAAUAGAGAAUUCCACUUUUAUUCCAAUUGCUGUAAAACAUGGUUUCCAAUUUCACCAUACUUAUCCAACCUACAUUGUUUUAACUCACUGGCUUCCCAAAGAUGAACCAAACACUCUGCCAACCUUUGCCACAAGCUACCUUGGAGCUGGUGGGCUUGUAAUCAAUGAAAAGAACCAGGUAUUAGCUGUCUGUGAGAGAUACAGUAGAAAAAAGCAUUGGAAACUUCCUGGAGGCAUGGUAGACAGAAGUGAAGAUAUUGUUGAAGCUGUUACGAGGGAAGUGUUGGAGGAAACUGGUAUUCAGACCACUUUCAUUUCUCUUGUUUGUUUUCGUCACAUGCUUAACUUCCGUUUUGGCUGUUCAGAUAUCUACUUCAUAUGUCUUCUGAAACCUUUAACUCAUGAGAUAACAAGGGAUACAAAAGAGAUUGCCGAUGCCCAAUGGAUGGAGCUAGAUGAAUAUAUAGCAAGUCCUCUGGUGAAUGAUUCAAAUCGCUUCAUUGCAUUGGCCUACAAGAAUAAUUUUCAGAACAAUGACAGUGUAGUAAAGAUUGAAACGGAGCAAAUUCAAGUUCACAAAACAGUUGGAACAUUCUUCACACUUAAUUUUUAUAAUGAUAAAGACCACAAUAGAGAUGACAGCACCUAGAUUACAUCUUUUCAUGAUAUGAAGUUUGAGAUAUUAUUCGAACAUAUGUAGAAUCUUUAUUACAAUAACAUCCAUUGAUAUAUACAACACAAGUGAAUAGUCCUUUGUGCAGGCUGAUUGGCUUUUUCGAAGGUGAAGAGGACGCGCGUUUCUCUACCUGCAGGAAGAUUUGAGACGAGUUGGGGAGAGGUUUGCAAGGGGUCUGGCACUGAUAGUGCUAAUAUUACCUGAUUCCAUGCAGACCUCUCACCGGCUCACGUUGCUCAAGGCCCCAUACUUACUUUCCCACGGUUGAAGAAACGCUCGUGCUGAGGCUCUGACAAUGAGCAAUAAAACUACCCUCAGAAAUUAUGAUACAUACUUAGAAAAAUACACU